UUUUCUUGAACUUUAACCCGACCUGGGAUUGGCUUUUCAGUGUCAUCUGGGUUUCUAUUGGUGGGUCCGCGCACACCCACCUCACAGUCCCCGACUGCAAGUUGAAGGUGAAAGUCUUCUCUCAUCCCAUCAGCUGCCCUGGCAACCGGUUGUGACAGUCCUGCCACAGACCUCAGUGAAGUAAACAGCAGCUAUGUCGGUGUUUUCCGAGGUCCCACAAGCAGCCCCCGUCGCUGUCUUCAAGCUAACGCAGGAUUUCACCAACGACCAGUUUCCCAAGAAGGUGAACCUCGGAGUGGGAGCCUACCGGACAGAUGACAGCAAGCCGUGGGUUUUGCCAGUGGUGAAAAAGGUGGAAAAGGUCAUUGUGCAUGAUGACACUUUAAACCAUGAGUACCUGCCCAUCCUGGGCCUUCCUGAGUUCAGAUCCUCAGCCUCCAAGAUCGCACUUGGAGACGACAGUCCUGCCAUCCAAGAGAACAGGGUGGGGGCUGUGCAGUGUCUGGGAGGUACAGGAGCACUGAAGAUGGGCGCAGAGUUUCUCAGGCGUUUCUACAAUGGAAACAACAAUACCACAACACCCGUCUAUGUGUCCGCACCUACCUGGGAAAAUCACAAUGCUGUAUUCGCCAAUGCCGGCUUUGAGGAUGUCCGUCCAUACAAGUACUGGGACGCAGAGAAGAGGGGCCUCGACUUGGCUGGUUUCCUUGGUGAUUUGGAGAGUUGUCCAGCACACUCCAUCUUUGUCCUGCAUGCUUGUGCACAUAAUCCAACUGGCACGGACCCCACGCAGGAGCAGUGGAAGCAGAUCGCCGAAGUUAUGAUGAGGAGGAAGCUGUUUGUGUUCUUUGACUCGGCUUAUCAGGGAUUCGCCUCAGGCAGUCUGGAGAAAGAUGCCUGGGCUAUCCGCUACUUUGUCUCCCUGGGCUUUGAAAUGUUCUGCGCCCAGUCGUUCUCCAAGAACUUUGGCCUCUACAAUGAGCGUGUGGGCAACCUCACCGUUGUGGCUCGUGAUGCAGACAACCUGAAGAGAAUUAUGUCCCAGAUGGAGAAGAUUGUCAGGACCACUUGGUCCAAUCCACCAUCUCAGGGAGCUCGCAUUGUCGCCAUCACUCUGAACUCACCUGAGCUCUUCAGUGAAUGGAAGGACAAUGUGAAGACCAUGGCUGACAGAGUCUUGUUGAUGAGGGCUCAGCUGAAAGCUAAGCUUCAAGCUCUGGGGACACCAGGGACCUGGGACCACAUCACAGAGCAGAUCGGCAUGUUCAGCUUCACAGGCCUCAAUCCCAAACAAGUGGAAUACAUGAUUAAGGAGAAACACAUCUACCUAAUGGCCAGUGGUCGCAUCAACAUGUGCGGUCUGACCACCAAGAACAUAGACUACGUCGCUGAGUCCAUCCAUGAGGCUGUCACCCAGGUCCAGUAGAUGACUACACUACCCACAAUCCUCAGCGUUUCUUCCUGCCCGGCCCUGAGCCUCCUGAUUCCAGGGAAAGUGUUUGUGUCCUGCAGAUCUCCUGGAGCAAGCACAAACUCUCAUUUGCACAAAUUUACAGACAAGCCCUGUUUCCCCCCUUUCCUUUCAGUGUUUGUGCUAAGCUAGGCUAAGCACAUCCUGGACUUGUUUUUCUUUCUGAACGCACAAAGAUGAUUGAGAUACACAACUUCCUGUAAGAUAUGGGAAUCAUUCCUUUGUAAUGGUGUUUAUAAUUUCUCCCCCUGUUUUCUUUUUGUCCUUAUAGUCUGUACUUAGUGUGACGUGAAAGGCUUUUUAAAUGCAGUGUACUAUUAGUGUAUGUGUCAUUGCAGGCACAUUCUUUGAGAGGGUUUGUACAUCUUUUACUGUGUUACUCAGCAGUGCAGACUUUUAAUGUCUAAAAAUGAGUCACAUUGUUAAGAUCAUCCAUUCCAAGUGUUAAUGACUCACUUCCAAUCUUAUCUUGGCGGCAGUAAUUAGCAUGUAUGAUUAACAGUUAUUAAGAACACUUGAUUUAUAUUAACAUGACCAAACUGCUGCAGUGUAGCUUUGAAAUGAGGAAGCAAUCGUAUUACAUGCUGAACUGUACAUGAAUGAAGUAGCAGUAUUACAUUUAUUGCUGGAUGCAAUAUGAACAAGAAAUGAGGGUUCUCAGGAAGAUAUUUUUAACUUGAACUAUGUAAUUUAUUAAUGACUGUCUUCUGCCCAGAGGGGUUAUACUAAUUACCUCACUUUUAAUUUGUAUUAAUGGAGCUGAACUGCCCUAACAGGUGUGGAGACUCCAGAGUAAUCUCUGUUUUCUCAGUGUUGGGAUGUCUCUGGUCCCUGCCAAGUGAAUGUUGAGUUUGCACAGCGAUCGUCUGUUGUAGCACUAGUGCACUAUUACGUAAGACUCUCUUGUCAGUGGCUCAAACACACUAAUGAUCAACCAGUUUGCUAUCAUAUGACUGGGGUUCACCAAUAAAGCAGUCAUACUGUUUAGCAACUGCAUUCAAGCUAAAGCUGACCUCCUUAAUCACUGUAAUAAAGAACUUUAAACAGUA